UAGCCAAAAAAUAGAAAAUAAGGUCCAAAUGUGUGUACCUUACUAAUCCACCAUAUUAUCCCAAAAAUUGCCUACUUUGUGGCUCUCCUUCCAUUUUGCUUCCUAUGCACACACUCACACACAACGUACUCUAGAAAAUAGCCUAAACAACUAUUCUUCUUGCAAAACCAACACAGCCAAAAAGAACCAAGUCUAAAGAAUCAUGAGCAAUGACACCUUAGACAAGCUAGUCAUCUUCUUAGCCAAAAGAGAUGGCAUAGACAAGUUAGUCAAGACAUACCAAUAUGUCUCCAAACUUGCUCAUUGGCACCUCGACGAAUCCCAGCCCGACUUGGCCCGUCGGUUCAAACAAUGGGAGGUGGCGGCAGGCAUGAGCCGGAAGGCCUUCCGAAGUGGCCGGUCCUUGACGGGCCUCAAUCUCAUACGAAGGAGCCCGGGUCCGACUCGUGGGCUUCGGACCUUGGCGGUCCUAGGCAAUGCAGGGGAGAUGGUGUACUUCUUUUUUGAUCACUUCACUUGGCUAUCAAGACUUGGAGUGUUAGAUACAAAGUUGGCUAAGAAGAUGAGCUACAUCUCAGCCUUUGGUGAGUCAGUUGGUUAUGUUUUCUUCAUAAUAUCAGACUUCAUUCUUAUGCAUGAAGGGUUGAGGAAGGAGAAAUUGUUGCUAAAGGGUUUGAAUGAAGGUGAUCAAAAGAAGGAAGAGGAGGUGAAAGAACUCAAAGAAGGGGUGGGUAAGAUAAGGGGAGAUAGGGUGAUGAGGUUGAUGGCGGUGGCGGCGAAUGUGGCGGACUUGAUCAUAGCGGUGGCGGAGAUAGAGCCAAACCCGUUUUGCUGCCAUACUUUGACGUUGGGGAUUAGCGGUCUUGUGUCUGCAUGGGCUGGUUGGUAUAGAAAUUGGCCCUCUUGAAGGUUGUAGUUGGUUACUUUGGUGUGUUACAUGUAAAAUGCGAAUGUAUAAUUUUUAUGUUUGAAAACUCAAAUGUUAGACUAAAUUACAAAGACAAUAUUGUGAUGAGUCUAUACUAACAGUCACCUUAUUAUGCACUUGUAAAUUUUGUCAAUGAGUAAGCUACUAAAGUAAAUUAUUUAUCCUA